AUGGUCCUCCCGCCGCGCACCUCCAAGGCAUGGAACGGCAGGCUUUUCAACGUCGACGCCAAGCACAUCUGCGCGGUGUGCUCCUCGAAUGCGCCAUUGGAGCUGCCCAAGCGCCUCGACAUCGUUUCUUUCAAUGCAGCUCGCGCGUUCGAUUGGAAGCCUCUUCCGCUGUUCCAGAUCAUGGCCCGUGGCGAGAGUGACUACCGGGAGUGGGAUAAGCUGCUCACCUUUCUCGUCGAUCACUCCCGGGUUGCGGUCAUCAAUGUCGGAGACGUCCAGCUGCUGUUGAAGCCACCGGGGGAGGAGAACGAGGCCACCAAGAAGAUAAUGAAGCUUGUGGACGUUGCCUACCGCGCCAGGCCCGGGCCAGUCAAGAGACCGAUCGCGCAAAUGCACCCGGAGUACCUCACCACGCUCAGCCAGACGCAUUCGAGUUGGCUCUUUGGUGCAGUCGCCGAGCUCAUUGACAACGCCUGCGAUGCGGGAGCCAAGCGUCUUGAGAUUUCGAUUCAGAAGGGAACGUUGAAAAGCCCCGAGGUAUCAGAAGUGCCGAUGCUUUGUUUCCUGGACGAUGGCCUUGGGAUGACUCACAAAGACAUUGUGAAGAUGGUGUCUUUUGGCCACAAGAAACCGGAACAAGACGAUCCAGAGCAAAUCGGGAGGUUUGGAGUUGGCUUCAAGACAGGGGUGAUGCGUCUCGGUAGAGGUGCCCUUGUCCUCACGCAAAGCAAGGAGACGAGGUCAAUGGCACUGCUCUCAACUGGCUAUAACGAAGGCAAAGAUGUCCUCGAGGUGCCGAUUGUCACGUAUACCAGACGGGCGGGCAGAAUGGAUAUCGACACCGGUUUGCAGACGCUGGAAGACUCACAAAAGCAUCGAGACGUGAUAUGCACAUACGGACCUUUUGACGAGUAUGGAAUUGGUGCUGAGUUUCAAAGGCUCGAAGGCGGAACGGGGACUAUCAUUUACGUUUUCGAUCUCGAGAAAUGGGGCUCGUCUUUCUCCUUGGACUGGAACGAAAGUGAUGACAUCAUGAUAAGGUCUAGGCGUGUGCGGAGUCGACCUGGACAAACAAGCCCCGAGGUCCCGCUCGACUAUUCGCUUCGAGCAUAUGUGGAAGUCAUGUUUUUGGAGCCACGCAUGAUUGUUUCGAUCCAAGGGAAGAAGGUGACAACAAAAUGUCUCGCCAAGACGCUAAACAGCACCUGGGUGACCAGAGCUACUCUCAUGGGGAAACCAGUCCAGUUGACUCUGGGCGUAAUGGAGCUAGAGCGGAAGCGCGGAAACUGUGGCAUUUUCCUCUACUGGCACGGCAGACUUGUCGAGUCCUACAAAAGGGUUGGAAAUAUGGUGCACAGUGCUGAAUGGGGACGAGGAGUGAUUGGUGUCGUGGAAACGACCAAACUGAUGGAGUUUGACAGAGGCAGAGUAGGCGUGUUGAAUAGCAAGCAGGGCUUUGAGGACUGUGAGAUGUAUGCUGCUCUGGAGAAAUGGCUCGGGGAGGAAGCUGACAAGUACUGGGAAACUCGCGUGGAGAAGUUAACCACGGAGGAGAAGGAGGGGCUUGCCCCCGACAAAAGCUGGGUGCAGUGCUCCAAAUGCCUCAAGUGGAGGGUGAUGGAUCCGGAAUGGCAUGGAGAGUUGCCAGACCAUUGGUUCUGCUACAUGGCACCUUACAAAGGCUCUUGCAACACCCCUGAGGAAAAUGUGGAAGACGGUGUGGUGACUACCAAAACCUCUCGCGGCACAGCUGUUCGGAAGAACACACGCGGCAAGGAAGGAUCGGACAUCACAGAUUCCAGCAAGCCUCUGUCCAGGCUGACAUCCAAAACUACAACUAACUCUCCCAAAGUGAAGCGCACGAGCAAGAGAACCAAGAAGGAAUGAAUCGUCUUUGAUCAUACAUAGCUCACCUAGCUUGCGAUGCUACUACUACCUCGGGACACAGUUUUGGCUGCCAAUGCUUGAUUAGGAAGGACUGGAAGGAGAUAGUUACCAAACGGCGAGUCGAAGCUUUUGAAACUUCCAGUGGCUCCAA